ACCAAAAAUGGAUGAUGAACAGCUGAUUGAAUUGGUUCGUAAAUAUUCUGUCCUUUACGAUUUGUCACAUCCAAAAUAUAUGGACAACAGUUUCAAACUCGACAUUUGGAAUAAAAUAGGAGGAGAAAUGAAAGUAAAUGGUUCAUCCUGUAAAGCUAGAUGGAAUAAUAUACGAGACAAUUAUCGCAAAUCGAUGAAGAAAACAAAAACUAAGAGCGGAGACCCUGCAAAAAAAAUAAAACGGUAUAAAUAUUUCGAACAACUAAGCUUCUUAAGCAAUUAUUUCUACGAGAGGGAAACAAAAGGCAAUAUUGAAAACGAUGUAGAAAACAUAGAUGAAGAAGAAAACUCGCAGAAUGUGGAUGCAGAAGAAACAUAUGUAUCAUCGGAACCUAAUGAAUCAGGGCCAAAUGUUUCAGAUGUAUUGGAACCUAAUGUAUUAGAUUCGAGUGAAAACAAGCAAUCUCAUUUAACUCAACGCUCAUUCAAAACAUCAUCAAGAAGGCUACCGCCACAACAAACUGCUUCAGCAAAACUAAUGGAGUAUUUGAUAAGUGACAAAAAGGACAAGCAAGUUACUACUGCUCCGCAACACCACGUGGACGCAUUUCUAGCUGGUGUAGCUCCAACAUUAAAAAGUUUUACGCCAUAUUACUUGCAUCUAGCAAAAUCUGAAAUAUUUCACACGGUGCAAAAAUACGAAAUGGAAAUGAUCAUGCAGCAGGACUCAUAUCCAAGACCUGGCCCCAAUUUUGUUAACACAAGGCUACAUUCCGAGCACUCAUCAUCGACCUCCACGUCAAGAGGAACUACUCCUUUACCGUCGCCUGUUGCACCAUUUCCACAACAUAGUUUGCAAAAUCCAAAUCAAAAUGAAUUUUCAUCUGUGGGAGAUUCAAACGCGACCAACAACCCUUUGCAAAGUUAUUUUCACAACUUUCCAAAUUAACUGAACAUGAUUUUUUACAUUAAGUAUGUACAAAUAUAUAUUGUCGAGAUUUGUAUUGUUAUUACUUACCUCAAACAAACUGCUAGUUGUUCCCUC